GCGAGAGAAUGAAAAUAGAAAAGAAAAAAAAGUGUGGUUGUCCAUUUCCUGUGAAAAGCUUUUGUCUGCUGUUGCUGAGAGUAAGAACUAGGAAGAGAAACUCAAUGCUCGCUGUUCAGACUAGUCACCGGUAGUGCAGAGGAGAUCUCUCGUUCUCUCUCGGGGUCUCUUUCUUUCUCUCGCUUCGAGUGUAACUUUUGAACGGUUUGGUCCAUGAGCAUAUGAGGCCAUGAGGCGAGCAUCGAAGGAGAAAGGUCAGGAGAAUGCGGGCUGCUCUCUGCUCAGUCCACAGGAGAAUGAGAGGCUGGAGGAUCUGCUGGGCAGGAGGUGUGUGUCUCUGUCCUCAGCGGUUGUGCAGUUGCUCAUGGCUGUUCCGAGCGAGCCGAACCGCUGGACACCUCAGCAAUCUGGAGUAGUGUGUUUCGUCAAGGACAGUCAUCAGCGCUCCUUUUUCAUCCGUCUCUUUGACCUCAAGGCAGGGAAGCUGGUGUGGGAACAGGAAAUCUAUAACCAACUAAUGUACCAAAGAGUCAUGGCUUUUUUUCACACUUUCCCUGGAGAUGUAAGUAUUUACCUGUUGUAAAUCCCAACCUUGUGCGUUAUGCUCACUGUCAUUAUUACAGUUGAUUUUAACAUGUUUUCACAGUAUCAA